AUGACAUCAGAGUCUCAGAUAGAACAAUCUACCCAUAUUUCUGUCGAAUUAGUAGAAAAUUUAGUGAUGAAUGAUAAUUUAGAAACUGAUGUCCCUAGUGAUAGUAAAACCGAGGAGUUGCCAAAACAAACUCACACUCCUGCAUUCAACCAGUUAGGAAUUAAUGACAAUAUUUCUUCUGGGCAAGGGGCAGAAGUUAGCAAUGCUCAAGCUAUGUCCAUGCAGGAUAUGCUAACAGCAUUAUUUGAAAAGUUUACUAUUAAAGAGCAGGAGCGUGAAAAGCAACGCGAGUUUAAAGAGCAGGAGCGUGAAAGACAACGUCAGCAGGAAAAGGAAAAACGUAGACAGGAAAAGCCUAUAGAAAAACAGCAACAGGAGCUCAGGGACCAAGAAAAGGAAAAGAAAUUUAUGGAAAAUAUAAACAAUAUUUUUCUGGAAAGAGAUAAAGAAAUUGUCCGUAAGAUAAAUCAAGUGUUGGUCGAUCGUGAUAAUGCUAUUACUACCCAUUUUAAGCAAGAGAUCGAAGCAGUAAAAACCAUUAUUGAACCGUUAACAAACAUUCCAGUUCAGGUCAAUAGUCUUCAAACUGAAGUAGAUAGACUAGAGAACCAAUUCAAAGCCUUGGCUACCGCUGUGGAAACAAUGCAGGAGGACAUUCCCUCGGAAAUCCGAAAGCUAGUCCGAACAGAAGUAGCCAGGGAGCUGAGCUCUAAAAAUCAAAACUUUGAAAACCUGACAGUAUGCAGUAAUGACAACACUGGUACUGACAGGCAAAAGAUCGCAGAUAAUCUGACGGCGAAUAUUAAUGCACCACAAGGAAGACCAAAUUUUGGUAAUCAACCGAUAUUACCAGAGCAAUAUGUGACACCAAGGAACAAUAAUAGUGGAAUAGAAUGCCUUCGCCAGGUGACCGAGGCCAACAAUGAAGGCAAUACGUCGAGAGAACAAAAAAUAAACAUGAUAUGGUAUCAGAAUGGCAACAGGAUCGAAGAUGAGCUAUAUCAGGAACCUGCUGUCUCUGAUAAGUCACAAAGGGAAAAUAUCCAAGCAAGUGUCACCGGAGCUGUAAAUGGUGUAACAACUACUAUUCUGCUUGACACAGGUGCGAAUGAGACACAAGACCUGCUGCAGCGCGACUUCCAGCCAGCAGCAGAUCCAAACCACGAUGCAGCCGACGGCAGCCGACGCCACACCGACUCGGCCGGGGGCGGUCCAGCAGCAGCCACUACCUGUCUGCGGUCCAACGGCUCGACACGGGGGCGGUAUUACGACGUCAGCGGCGAAUUCUUACGACAUUCCAUAAAUGAUUGA